AUAACAAGAGCAUUCGAAUGGCAGUCACGUCAUUCUGUGGUUAUCUGGUUUAUUUUACACAAUGUUGCAUCAAAUUAAUGUAUUCUUCUUAUCAAAUUACAAAAUCAAAGGCUAUCCUUAGGGACAGGAAAAUUAAAGGAUACGAAAACUUCGGAGGAAUUUUACCCUUAGGGUCUCCGCGUCUUGGUCCAGCGUGUGCCCAAUUUCAGUCUUCCGUUGGCGUCGAAGCGUGCCGGUUGUGCAGCCUACCAUCAUGAUAUCUAAGUGGCUUCUCGUAUCUCUUCUGGCUUUAGGAGUCCAGAACAUAUCUGCGGGCAAUACCAUCAGCAAUUUUAUCGAUGUAACUAAAUUCAAUAUGGUGUUCUACGAUCCGAUGACGCAGCUAUCAUUGAAAGGUGCACUGGAGAAUAUCGGUCGUGGCCCCUUUUCCGGGGUCGGUUUCCGUGGUGUAAAAUGUGACUGCGAGGGUUUAACUUGUGGCUGUUGCAGCGGUAUCAAUGUAACCACAUUCAACUUCAACCGUAAAGCCUGCACAAAUUUCACCUACUACCCCGAGAAUCUCGCCAUCAAAUUAAAUUUUGUAUUAAACGAUAAAGAAAUUGUCACUUCGGGUGUGAUAUCUGCUAAUAAUCCAGCACCGUUCUGCGUACCUGUCUAUCCUCCUUUCAUGUCCUUCUGCGUACGAUUGUACGAUGUCUUCAUGAUGGGUAGAAAUCUGCACGCGUGCGUCGAUCUGGAGGUACUUGCGGUGACAUGGCCAGUCCUGGUUUUGCACUUCGAUUGUAUAAAGAUCGGCGCGGAUGGAAUAUCUUGGAUGAAACCCGGUGACAGUGACAAUUUUCCUCAAAUGGUACAAAUGGGGAUAGUCAUGCCGGAAGUGAAUGGGCCGGAAAUAUACGACCAAGUUAACUUUGAGACAGAUCCCGUUGAGCUUCUAAACGAUCAAACUUUGAGUAUGACGCCCGAGGAAGAAAAUAACAUCGGCCAGUUAAAGUUGUGAUGUCCACAUAAUUAUAAAAUUAUAUAUGCACGCGAGACGUUAUUAUUAAGCUAUAAAUGUUAUAUCUAUCAGUGAAUAUGUUUUAUUUAUUAUUAUAUAAUAUAUGUAUAUGUAUUCCUGAUGUGACGAUAAAGUGUAUCACAACUAUAGCUUCGAA